CUCCGAGGAGGUGGAUGAUCACAGCCUGGAUCACCGCAGCAGCAGCACAUCAGGUGUUUGCAGAGAUUCCUGAUACGCGAAGCAUUUGUCUUCUGAAAAACAUUAAGAAAACAAACAUUUUCUGGUUCGUGCUGGAGCAUAAUGGAGGAAUCUGAGCCGCUGCUGAAGGCCGAGGAGAGGAGGCCAAACGGCGGCUGCAGAUGGAGAACAAACACUCUGGAUUCAAACACCGUAGAAGAUUUCAGGCAGAAGCUGAAAUAUUUCUUCAUGAACCCGUAUGAGAAGUACAGAUCCCGGGGUCGCAAACCAUGGAAACUGAUGCUACAGAUAAUCAAAAUUAUAACCAUCACUGCUCAGCUAGUCUCUUUUGGCUUGAGCAACGAAAUGAUGGCCACAUUCAAAGAGGAUAAUCUGAUGACGUUCAGACAUCUCUUCCUCGAAGGAUUCAAGGAUCACCCGCAGGGAAACUUUGCACUUUACACCAAAGUAGAAGUGUACGACCACAUCUACUACAUCAUCGACAAGUACACCCAUCUCCAGAACCUGACUUUAGGUAAUCUCGCUUAUGAGAGGGUUGAUGGCAAGUAUACACCUUUAUCCAUCUGCCAAGUGCUUUACGGAAACGUCAGCCUUGACCCUGGGAGAGAUACCUUUGAUAUCGAUCCACACAUUGAAAAAGAUUGUAUCUCCAUUUAUCCUGUGCAGCUGGACAACAGUCGUUUGGACACGAAAGUCAACUUGUCUUUAGAUUUUAACAGGUUGUUGUCAGUAAACAUCAGCUUCAAUGUGAAAACCAUCAAUCUGCAGACUGUGAGGCACCACGAGCUCCCGGACUGUUAUGGCUUCCAUGUAAUGAUAAUCUUUGAUAACCACGCCCACAGUGGGAAGAUAAAUGUUGAUGUUGAUCAUGAUGUUAGGAUUUAUGAAUGCAGAGACUGGAACGUGGCUGGCAGCUCCGGCAAGAUCGAUGUUCUUCUCUUGUUGUGUGAUUCUGUGGUCAUCCUCGCCUGUUUGUCCUCGCUCAUCCUCUGCUCUCGGUCCAUCGUCUGUGGCAUUCAGCUCCAGUUUGAGUUCAACAUUUUCCUCCACGCUUACUACGAUAAGAUGGUGACGUGGUCGGAGCGCAUGGAGUUUGUGAACGGCUGGUAUAUUUUUAUCUUUAUCGCCGACACAAUAACCAUCACAGGAUCGGCGUUGAAAAUAGGAAUACAAACAAAGUUCAUAACGAGUUAUGAUGUUUGUAGUAUCUUGCUGGGAACAGCCACCAUGCUGGUCUGGAUUGGUGUCAUUCGCUACCUUUGUUUCUUCCAAAAAUAUAACAUCUUGAUUUUAACCCUGAGAGCAGCGUUUCCAAACGUGAUUCGUUUUUGCUUCUGUGCUGCCAUCAUCUACGUCGGUUACUGCUUCUGUGGCUGGAUCGUCCUCGGGCCUUAUCAUGAGAAGUUUCGAACAUUUGACAAAGUGACAGAGUGUCUCUUCUCUCUCAUCAAUGGGGACGACAUGUUCGGCACCUUUCUGAGGAUGAAAGACAAAAGCUACAUGGUGUGGCUGUUCAGCCGACUCUACCUCUACACCUUCAUCUCUCUCUUCAUCUACAUGGUGCUCAGCCUGUUCAUCGCUCUCAUCACCGACACCUACGAAACCAUCAAAAAUCACCAGAAAGACGCAGAGCCAGCGUCCCUCCUUCAGGCCUUCAUAGCUGAGUGUAAGGACCAGCCUGAGUCAGGACGACACCAAACGGAUGAGGGACAAUCGACCUGCUGUAAAUGUCUGUGCAGGUGCCGCAACAGAAGAUCAAGGAUGUAGUGUCUAUUAAAUCCAUGCAAAUAUAUUAUUGUAAGAAAUACGUGUUUUAAUAUCGGCUGACAUCAGAUGAAAACACAAGUGUUAAAUAAGAUGAUCUGC